UGUUUGUGGCGUGGCGUGCCUGUCCGCGCCCGGUCGGAGAAGGGAAGGCGAGUGGAGAUGAUGGGGUGCACCUCCUGAUGAGGAUGGGGUCCACCUCCGCGUUGUAGGACCCAGAAAGGCUUCUGAGCCCGCGGAGAUCGCCUCAGGCGGCCCGGUUCUCCUCACAGCCGAUGGCGGCGGCGAUGGACGCGGCGCAGGUAUUGGUGACCUUCAAAGAUGUGGCUGUGACCUUCACUCGAGAGGAGUGGAGACAGCUGGACCUGGCCCAAAGGACCCUGUACCGAGAGGUGAUGCUGGAGACCUGUGGGCUCCUGGUGUCUUUAGGGCAUCGAGUUCCCAAACCAGAGCUGAUCCACCUGCUGGAGCAUGGACAGGAGCUGUGGACAGUGAAGGGAGGCCUCUCCCACCGCACCUGUGCAGGUGACAGAGCACAACUUCAGACCAGAGAGCCAACCACUUGUCUGCCAUUCUUAUUUGAGGGAGCCUUUGUCCAGGGGAGCCUCAGUCUGGGAUCUUCAAGGGACUCCAGACUGGGGAAAUCCAGGAAUCAGGAAGGGCUUUUGGAAAUGCAGAAAGGUCAAGUGAAGCCAAGGGCAGACCCUCACAAGGAGACCCAUCCCGAGAAAAUGAGCCUUGAAGAUGAAGGUUUGGGGACGGAAGAUAGUCUGCACUCCAGGGUGUUACUGGAGCACAUAUCUCCAGGAGAUGUUCUCCUUCAAUGUGACUCACAGCAAACAGGGAAAGACACCUCAAUUCAUGUAGGGACAAACUCCCACAAAUGCAAGCAGUGUGGGAAAGGUUUUAGCCGGAAGUGGUAUCUUGUACGACAUCAGCGGGUUCACACCGGAAUGAGGCCCUAUGAAUGCAAUGCCUGUGGGAAAGCUUUUAGCCAGAGCUCGACUCUCAUUCGGCACUACCUCAUACACACCGGGGAGAAACCAUACAAGUGCCUUGAUUGUGGGAAGGCCUUCAAACGCAGGUCCUAUCUCAUGCAGCACCAUCCAAUCCACACUGGAGAGAAGCCCUAUGAGUGCAGUCAGUGUCGAAAGGCCUUCACCCAUCGCUCUACUUUUAUUCGCCACAAUAGGACCCACACGGGAGAAAAACCCUUUGAGUGCAAAGAAUGUGAUAAAGCCUUUAGCAAUAGGGCACACCUAAUUCAACACUACAUCAUCCACACUGGAGAGAAGCCCUAUGAUUGCAUGGAGUGUGGAAAGGCCUUCAGAUGCAGCUCAGAGCUUAUGCAGCAUCAGCGGAUUCACACUGGGGAGAAGCCCUAUGAAUGCACCCAGUGCGGGAAAGCCUUUCAUCGGAGCACAUACCUCAUUCAGCACUCUGUCAUCCACACUGGGGAGAUGCCCUACAAGUGCAUUGAGUGUGGCAAAGCCUUCAAACGCAGGUCACACCUCUUACAGCACCAGCGGGUCCAUACUUGAGAGAAGGCCUAUUGAUGCAGUGAAUGUAGAAAGGCCUUUACUACUGCUCCUCUUUCAUCCCUUAUGAUGGGACCCAUACUGGAGAAAAAACCCUCUGAGUGCUAAGAAUGUCAGGAAGCUUUUUAUUUUUUGUCAGCUCUUCCUUAAUUAAAUGCACAAGUAGUCAACACUGGGGAGAAGCCCUGUGAGUGCAAUGAAUGUAAGGUGCCUUCAGCCACCACCUAGCCCUUACUCACAGCAGAAGGAUUCACAUCAGAGAGAAAUGCAGAGGGCAUUCCACUUGCAUCAACAUCAGAGAACUCGUGCUGGGGAAAGACAUUCCGAAUAUAACUACUGAGGACAGUCUGGAAAAAAAAAAUUCUCAUGUGCCACCUGAGAAUUCAUAAUGAAGAGUUACUGCAUAAUUAUCAUCACUCUGAGAGAACUUUCUGUGACCAGGUCAUUACUUGUCAUGUAAAGAGCCAUACUGGAAUUUGACCCACCUUGGGAUUUAUUCUAUGAAUUUAUAGAAAUCUUCAGUGUCAGCAUGGUGAUCACCUUGUUUGGUCUUCUCAGGUGAGUCUCAAUUUUUACUUCUGGUGUUUCUCAAGUUCUUUAAUCCUGUGUAGAGAGACAUUUUGAAGUCCCCAACCAGUUUUCUAGGGAUUGGGUUAUAGCUAAAACAAGCAAAAUAAAACACAGCUAAGGUAAAUUCACGAUAAACCCAGGAAAUCAGAGAGGCAUCUCAUCGAUCUUAUAAAUGCUUGUGUGAAGUUUUGCUACAAAAUAAAGGGCCUAGUGUUUUAACAGGUGAAUCAGGAUGUAUUCAUGCAGGUUCAUGUGGGUUUCACAGUUAACUAGCAUAGACUCAUUCCUUUGGUGCUGGCAUUGAAUGUGCUCAUUUUCCUGUGGGAUUUUCUUUGAGUUAGUUUUCAAGCUACGUGAGAUAAUGUUAGGUUAAAACAUGUAUUGUGUGAAAAAUAUAAAAUAAUCACUUCCUCACUUUGAGCCUUAUAGCCUUUUAAAAGACCACAUGUACUUCACAUUUUUGUAGUGGGCAUGCACCAUUUUUGUUGUGCUUUAUGCACAUAUAAUGAAUGGAAUUCUUGAUGAGUUAGGAACACUAUGUUUAUGUUUUUGUUUUCCCAGGGCAGAGUGCAGAAGUUUCUGUUCUUUGGGAGGGAGAGUGGACUCUUGAAGAUUCCACCCUCCAUCCUGUCUCUGGAAGGCUACACGUACUGUAGCUGUGAUUGUACCUGAGUCCCUGGGUUCAAGAGAGUUGGAGAAAUCCCUCUAGAAACAUCUUGGCUCUCAUCAAAAGGUUCUUCUUUCCAGGCCCGGGGACCUGGGCCCCAGUUUUUCCCAAAGCAGAAGUGAUAUAUUUUCCAUAGAUAAAAGACACCACCCUAGGGUUUGUUUUGUCAACUUCCAGCCCAUUCCAUAUAGUUUUCAUUUAUGUACUAAGUGCAAGGAACAACUAUGAAUUUGCAGCUGUGAUGGGCGAGUCUCCUGAGACACCCAUCGAACAUUUCCAUGAUCACUUGCUGUGUUGUGGUCACACUGUGGGACACAUGGGUGGCUGAGACAGGGAGGGAGCCUACUAUCUAGUAUAGGAAAAACACAUGAGAACACGUGCAAUAUAUUAACCUAAACUUGUUUUAUCACCCAUUUUUAAUUCAGUAAAAGUUUUAGGAACUUAGUUCUGUGUGCUUUCCAGAAUAUUCAGUUUAUGAUUGAGCUAAAACACUUUUCACACUCUUAUUUCAGUUGUUGUGUGUUACAUUUAAUGAACAAGUGAGAUAAAAAGCAUCAUGCUCCUGGUGCUCAGUCUGUGGAAAGAGAGUUGUGGGAGUCGGACUAGGCAUGACCAUUAACAUUUGAUGCACUUCAAUUAAUAUGAGUGUGGAGGUGGGGAAUGGGUGUACAGGGAAGUGUCAGAGUGAACAUUCACUUUAACUUCAUAUGCAUGUGGAGACGGUCAGAAUGUUCACAGUAAAUUUUAUAAUUCUAAAAAGACCACUCAAGAUUGAAAAGAGAAAAUUAAUAAAUCACUGAUGGAAUAAGAACAUGUAGUAGAACUAGAACAGUGAAGAAAACUAAGAAAAGGAGAAAGAACCAGAAAAAAUUUGGAAGAGAAAUUCUAAAAUGAAUGUGAAUAACAGAAAUAGAUCAGAAGAAUAUGGAGAAUUAAUAGUUUCUUUGAACAAGCCAUCCUACGCUGGGAGCCUGUUAGUCUUGAAAUUGCUGUGGUUAUUGAUCACUCUGGCCUUUGAAGAACUGUAGAAAUUCAUAUGGUAAUAUUAAGUGUUGACUUGUGUCCCCCAAGAUGUUGAAGUCCUAACCCAGAAUACUUCAGAAUCUGAUCUGAUUUGGAGAUAGGGUCUUUAUAGAGGUAAUCAAGUUAGGUAAUCAAGCCAUUAGGUUGGGCCGUAAUCCAAUGACUAGUGUCCUUAUAAAAAGGAGAAAUUUGGUCACAGAGACAGACACAGAUGGAAGACAAUAGGAAGACACAGAACACCAUGUUCAAGCCAUGCAGUUUGUGGUCUUUUCCUGGGCAGCCUCAGGAAACUAAAGCAGGUGCCCAAUUUUUGCCUGAUCAAAGGGGUUCUGUGGGGACACAGGGAGGAUUUUAAUUGCCUCUUGCCCUCAGAGUGAGGAAGAUGAACUUACUUGUCAGUCUUGAGUGAGCAUUUCAUUUUAUUUGGUUUGGCAGGAACAAAUGGGGAAGAACUUUUAAAAUAAAAUCCCAUGUAAGGUAAACGGAGUGCACAGAAAUCUAAAAGUUGAAAGGUGAGGUACGUGGGCAGUGACUGCUUAAUGGGUCUUGGGGAGUGUGAAAAUGUUUCCAGCUAGAGAGAGGUGAUGGUUGCACAGCAUUAUGAACUUAAUGUUAACUAAAUUGUACACUUUAAAAUGGCUAAUUUUACAUUAUGGGAAUUUCACCUCAAUUAAAAAAUUCUACAUGGUCACAAAAUGUUUUUGAUGCUUAUGUAUAACUCAUAGUGAAGAAGGCUUUUAGAUUUACUUCUUGGAAAGCAACCCUGCUACUUCUAAGUAACAGGAUAUGUCAAAAGAAGGAAGAAUAUAGCCUUCCAUUAGAUAGUAUCAAAAGCCAUCCAAUGUGGGAGUAAAAUAUUCUCUAUACCUUUUCUGUGAUAGGUAUACAUUCUCAUAUGUGAUAAGUUGUCUUUAGAAAUGGUUAUUUUAUCUUUAUCAUGUUUUGAAGUUCUUUCUGAAACACUCAGGUGAGCCUUGAUGCAGUGAGCCAUUAUAUGGUGAAACUGGACUCAGAGGCUCUGGACGAAGAGAGCAUCCCUUCAGUCCUGUUCUCUGCAAGAACUUAAAUUUUGAUGUACUUAGUUCCAUUCAUCUCAUUCAUCACUCCACACUCCACACUGUUGUAAUAGGUUUGGUAUAUGUCCUUUCCUUUGUGUAUGUUCCAGUAAGAGGUGUCCUGGGUUGCUUUUGAUUUUGGGUUUCUUUUUUUUUUUUAUUUUCUAGCAGAAUUUGUUUUAUGAAUCUGAGAGUUCCUGAGUUAGGUGCAUAUAUUAUUAUAUGCAGGAUUGUUAUAUCUUCUUGUUAAAUUGACCUCUUUGUCAUGAUAUAAUUGUCUUUUUGUACCAUUUUUGAUUUAAAGUCUAUUUUACCUGAUAUAAGAAUACCUAUCCCUGCUUUCUAUUUGUGUG